UUUCUGACGUGACUACAAUCCAUACACUCAAUAUGGCAUUUCAGGUGCAGAAUCUGUCUGUCCUCUUCCUCCUGCUUUCUUAUUGGAGCCUAACAACAACCGGAUUUACACCGAAUGAAAUAGGAAAUAUAAACGAUUAUAUCACCAGGACCUUUACAAUUAAUAACCAAUUCGCCUGUGUGAUCAAGUUCACGGAGACUGAAUGUGGAGAUUUGACUGCGGACACUAUAAGGAAUGCUCUGGAAAAUGAUAAGAAUCGAAUUAACAUAUAUGACAUCAUAAAUGGCGUAAUACAUGAGGGAGAAAGAAUGGUAAUGGCUUCUUUUUUCCGACGGCCCGAUGGAAGUGGAGAUCAUGCAGAGCACCGUCUUCUGACUCCCGUUAAUAAUUCCCCAGUUCUACAACUACUGAACAGAGCUCCCCCUGCUGGAUGUGUAAUAUUCUUCUCUAAAUAUUCACCAUGCUACAAUUAUUGCACUGUACCCAAUGGGCCUCUCAGUAUUAUAACAAAGCUAAACCAGUUUAAUAAGGUUACAGAUAUAAACAAUAAAGCUUUUGUCUUCAAUAAUAUAUACAACAAAGAAUUAAAUAUUGAUGCCCAGUUACAAAGAGAGCGAUUCAAAGCAAUUAAUGAUCACAUGCUUCUGUAUCGCUGCCCCAACCAGAACUGCAUCCAGUGCUUUCCAAAUAAUAACUUUAAUGCAAACUGUGUAAAUUAACCCAAUUCAUAAUCUGUAACCAAACAGAGGGCUGUGUCCCGGACAGUAUCAUGUUAUUUCU